AUGGCUCACAAUUCGCUUUAUGGAGUAGUUGAUGAGAGAAUUGUCAACCUCACAAACCUCAUAAUCCUUGACCUCAACUCUAACCAACCGAGUGGCAACAUUCCUAGUAAUACUGGGACGCCCUCCAGUUUAAAAUUUAUGAUCCUUCAUACCAACAACCUAGCAGGUUCUCUUCCCCAAUAUUUGUUGAAUUGUACAAAUCUAAUUGAGUUGAAUUUACGAUUUAAUAACUUUGAAGGAGUGAUCUCCAUGUUUAACUUCUCCAAAUUUGUUCAUCUUAGUAAAAUUGAUCUACAAAGGAAUUACUUCACUUGUAUCUUCCCAGUAAGCCUUUACUCAUGCAAGUCCUUGAGAGCAAUUCGACUGAGCUUUAACGAUAUAGAGGGCCAAAUACAGCCUGAGAUUCUUUCAUUGAAAUCCUUGUCCUUCCUCUCUCUUGGUGGAACUAGACUGACCAAUGUCACAGGGGCGAUGAAGAUAUUGAUGCGUUGCGAAAGCUUUGUAGCACUUUUCUUUUCAUAUAAUUUUCUUGGUGAGGAAAUUCCAGCUGAUGGUGAAAUGGUUGAGUUUAAUGGAUUUCAAAAUCUUCAAGUCCUGAGUAUCAGCCAAUUGCAGUUUCUUAGGAGCUUGGAUCCUAGUUUUAACAACUUCUCUGGAGACAUUCCAAACCAAAUAUCUAACCUCAUAAACUUGGAGCGAUUGGAUCUUUCCAUGAAUCAAUUAUCUGGUGAAAUACCCACGUCAAUAACAAGCCUGACUUUCUUAGCAUCUUUCAAUGUCUCACACAACAAUCUCCAAGGACUGAUACCAAAAAGUACUCAGCUCCAAGGCUUUGAUAUCUCUGCAUUUGAAGGGAAUCCAAAACUUUGUGGUGCUCCACUUCCAAUGAGUGCCCCUGAGAGAUUGGUACUGAUGAAGAUGAUAAGAAAACCGAAGACGUGGAGAAUGAACAUCAUCAAGUUCCAUGGUUUUAUGUUUCUGUCGGUCUUGGGUUCAUUUUCGGAUUCUGGGGAGUUUGUGGUUCUUUAG